AUGGCGCCCGAGGGAAAGAUCAAGAAUGCUCACAAGCGGUCAGAAAUACACCGCAAGACUAAGCGGGAGAAGGAGCAGGUCAAGCUCAAGAGGCGGAUGGAGAUAAGAAAAGCUGAGAAGUCAAAAGAUGGAGGCGCGGAGCUCAAGAGGGAACGACUAGCGAAGAACAUCCCUCGGACUAUCGACAAUACAAGAGUGUACGACUCUUCCUCCUACCUCACUGCGGACCCGGCGACUCUGCGUGCAGCCGCGGAGAAGGCAGCUGAAGCGAGCCGUCGCCUUAACGGCGAGGGCGACGAUGACGAAGAGGACGAGGAGGAUGAGGACAUGGAGGACUCUGACGAGGAGGAUGACGAGGAGGAGGAAGAUGAGACUCCACAGGCGGAAGAAGGGGAGGUUGGGGCAACAUCCGACGAGCCCGCCGUGGACCCUACCGCCCUCCCUUCCCAGCCUACACUCCCACCAGGUCCCCCACCACGGAUCAUGAUCACCACCUCUCCUUCGCCAUGUAAGGAUACCUAUGCGUUCUGCGAGGACUUGAAGGGGAUCUUCCCGGGCGGAGAGUUCUUCAAGCGUCCAAAGGGGAAAGGAUUCGAGAUCGGGCGUGUGGCGAGAUGGGCGGCCAAGAGGGGGUUCAAAGCUGUUUGCGUGGUGAACGAGGAUCACAAGAUCGCUAACGCAAUAACAAUCAUGUCGCUCCCGGCUGGACCAACGGCAUACUUCAAGCUGACGAGUAUGGUGCUUGGCAAGAAGAUCUAUAAGCAUGCCAGACCCACACCUCAUUCCCCCGAACUGAUCCUCAACAACUUCACCACUCUCCUCGGUCACUCUGUCGGCAGACUCUUCGGUGCCCUCUUCCCCCCACAACCCCAAUUCCGCGGCCGACAAGUGGUCACCCUUCACAAUCAGCGCGAUUUCCUCUUCUUCCGGCGACACCGAUAUCAAUUCGAGAGCGUUACCAAGGCGACCCUCCAAGAGAUCGGGCCGCGCUUUACGCUCAAACUUCGAUGGAUGCGGAAAGGCCUGCCAGCUGUUACAGCAGCGGAUGGGCGGAUACCGGGCGGUGCGCGCGGAGAUGGGGAGGAGGACGCGGAGGAUGGAGAGGAGGCGACAGUGCCGGAUGAAGAUGAGGCGAUGGAUGAGGACGCGGCGAUGAAGGAGAUUGGGACCGCUGCGGGGAGGACGAAAGCGCCGACGAGGGAGGAGCUGGGCAUACCCGCGCUGGAUGAGGAGCAGGAGUAUGAGUGGAAGUGGAAGCCCAAGAUGGAGGUUUCGAGGCGGACCUUCUUCUUGUAG